GCGGCUGGCGCUGCGGUCGGACCCGCCGCUGCUGCUGUUGCUGCUGCUGUCCAGUCCGUGCGGCCCGAGGGCCUGCGUCCCGCCAGCGACAUGGGCAAUUGCCACACGGUGGGCCCCAACGAGGCGCUGGUGGUUUCAGGUGGCUGUUGUGGCUCUGACUAUAAACAGUACGUGUUCGGCGGCUGGGCCUGGGCCUGGUGGUGCAUCUCUGACACUCAAAGGAUUUCCUUAGAGAUUAUGACGUUGCAGCCCCGCUGCGAGGACGUAGAGACGGCCGAGGGGGUAGCUUUAACUGUGACGGGUGUCGCCCAGGUGAAGAUCAUGACAGAGAAGGAGCUCUUGGCCGUGGCUUGCGAGCAGUUUUUGGGCAAGAAUGUUCAGGAUAUCAAGAAUGUCGUCCUUCAGACACUUGAGGGACAUCUGCGCUCCAUCCUUGGGACCCUAACUGUGGAACAGAUUUAUCAGGACCGAGACCAGUUUGCCAAGCUGGUGAGGGAAGUGGCAGCUCCUGAUGUUGGCCGCAUGGGCAUUGAAAUCCUCAGUUUCACCAUCAAGGAUGUGUAUGACAAAGUGGAUUAUCUAAGCUCCCUGGGCAAAACACAGACUGCUGUGGUGCAGAGAGAUGCAGACAUUGGUGUGGCUGAAGCCGAACGGGAUGCAGGCAUCCGGGAAGCUGAGUGCAAGAAGGAGAUGUUGGAUGUGAAGUUCAUGGCAGACACCAAGAUCGCUGACUCCAAGCGAGCCUUUGAGCUACAAAAAUCAGCCUUCAGUGAGGAGGUCAACAUCAAGACCGCUGAGGCCCAGUUAGCCUAUGAGUUGCAAGGAGCUCGGGAACAGCAGAAGAUCCGGCAGGAAGAAAUUGAGAUUGAAGUUGUGCAGCGCAAGAAGCAGAUAGCUGUGGAAGCACAGGAGAUCCUGCGCACCGACAAGGAACUCAUUGCCACAGUGCACCGCCCUGCCGAGGCUGAAGCUCACCGCAUCCAGCAGAUCGCUGAGGGUGAAAAGGUGAAGCAAGUCCUCUUGGCACAAGCAGAGGCUGAGAAGAUUCGAAAAAUCGGGGAGGCAGAAGCAGCAGUCAUUGAGGCAAUGGGAAAGGCAGAGGCUGAGCGGAUGAAGCUCAAGGCUGAGGCCUACCAGAAAUAUGGGGACGCGGCCAAGAUGGCCUUGGUACUAGAGGCCUUACCACAGAUUGCUGCCAAAGUUGCCGCACCGCUGACCAAAGUUGAUGAGAUUGUGGUCCUCAGUGGGGACAACAGCAAAGUGACAUCAGAAGUGAACCGGCUGCUGGCAGAGCUGCCCGCCUCUGUGCAUGCCCUCACUGGUGUAGACCUCUCAAAGAUACCCCUGAUCAAGAAUGCCACCGGUGCACAGGUGUGAGGCUUCUGCACACCCAGGCCCUUCAGCAGCUGCCCACCCUUUUCUCCAGCACCUGUUUUAAUACCACAGGGACAACGGCAACGUUACUGACUCUGGUGCCUUAUUUUAUAGGGACCAGAAGUGCUGCGUGUUCAGGCCAUCUCUGUCUGCCUUCCCUUCUCUCCUGUCUGUCUGUCUCCCCUCUUCUCCUCCAGACACUCUCACUGCCACCUUCAUCUACUUCAUGCCUUCUACUCUCAUGUCCCUACGUGUCGCUUCCUCUCAGUGUUUCUCCUUCUCCUUCUCCCCUACACAUAUUACAUAGUUUAAGCUAAAGAUAAAACCACUGUCUGUCUGUGGGGAGUGGCUCUACAGCUCCUCAGAAUCCUGGUGCCUUGAAGUUUUUCAUGUAUCCAUGUAUUUAUUCUCCCUACAGCCCUGCCUGGCCAGAGCUCAGCAUGGGUGCAGGGGUUCUGGGUAGAAGGCCCUUCUCUUGGCCUGGUCUUCCCAACCCUAACCUCCCUCCUGUCCCUGGAGGCCUGAGUAGCCAUGGCCUGCAGGGCCUUGGGCCAUUGCCCUUUACUUCAUCCCUCCCAAAGCCUAGACUUCUUACCCUGUCCUUCGCUCCCUUACCAUUGAGGCACAGAAGCAAGGCUUCCUGUCUAUAGCAGCUCCCUCCGUUUACUACUGCCUUAGGAGGCCUUGCCUGUGCUCAGGGAAGUCCCUUCGUUGGCAUUGCCCUGCAAGGUGGGUAGGAUCUUGCUCCUAAAUAUCCUAAGCCUUUCUGAGGUCAGGGUCUAGCCCUGUUGGGGACAGGAAAGUGUGUAGACCCUCUUCCUGCUAAGUACUGUGCUAUCUUGGGCAUGAGACUCUUCCAGUUGGCAGGACUGUGCCAACCCUGUAUAGAAUCAAGUGCCGUAGAAUGGCUAAACCCCAUUUUCCUUGUGCCAUCUUUCUUCCUGGCCAGAGUUAUGGGGUUCGAGCCAUGGGAAGCAUUUCAAGCUUCUGUCUUCAGUACCAAUAGGGGCACCAGAGCCCAGAGCCCAAAUAUCCUAGCAGGGGUACUAUGGACAUCCCACAGUCUCAGUUCCCACCCCUGGCCCUGCCCCAGCCUGUGUAGCUGUUCUGCAUGUGGAUGCUGCAUGUUUGGUCUGGGGCUUGGAUGUUGCACUGCCCCACUGCCUGUCCCCUCUAGGAAAAUAAAGAUCUCUUAUGCCUA